CCACGCCCUCUCAUCCCACUUCCAUCCCAAUUCUCCCUCCCUCCUCUCGCCUCUUCCUCUCGCUUCCCACGCUGCUGCUGUAAUCGACAUUGUGAUUGCGUUGCGAGCGAGGGAGUGAGUUAGAGAGUGAGUGAAGAAUCUUGUGUUUUUGUUCGAGGUCCACUGGAUUCAGUUCUACUCGGAAGCAGUGAAUUUGUCAUAGAAUAGAAUCCUGGGAACCAUCCCUCACCCUGGGCUGUUGCCAUUCUGCCUCGCCAAUGCUACCUGCAGUUUCGGUCUCCGCCAUCUCGUUAUUUUUUCACUGUUGGCGCUGCGAAGCGGCUCAGCGGAUUCUGCGCUAGUGGGUUGUGUAUAGUGAGUGAUCUGUGCAAGGGUCGUAUCAGCAACUUGUAGUGCGCUUGUUGCGGGAUUGCGGCUACUGGAUGCUUUAGGAGGUGACGUCGUGUUGAGGACUCCUUUGGUCGACGUGCAAUGGUCAUUUUGCGGAUUUCCUGUGUCGUGAGCUCGGGAUAUUUUGUUUACCAGCUUCGACAAUAGCUGUUUAAUUGAGAACGUGACCUUGCACAAAUAUCUUGGUUUUCAGUGAGUUUUGGUGCACGAUGAUCUGAAGCUUGGUUCUUUGAGGCCGACGGCUGGAGAUCGAAUUCCUUCGAGUUCUACUAAUUUCUAGUUUGCGACGUUCAUUCUCUUCUACAUUCUAAUCGUUCCGAGAGAGGUGAAAGCAGGUCUGCGAGCCGCGGUGACAGAAAAAAAGUUGAUAAAAAAAUAAAAAUAUAUGGGGCGAUCAUAUUGGCUCCUCCGAAACCGAUGGAUGAUGAUGGCAGCUGGGGUGUGGAUUAUGUGCUGCAGUGGGGGCUCAUACCUCUACGCAGACUACUCCGGCGCCAUCAAGGAUAACCUUCACUAUGACCAGGAGACGCUUGACACAGUCGCCUUCUUCAAAGAAUUGGGCGAGAACGUCGGUCUCCUCUCUGGUAUCCUCUACGACGUGUGGCCCUUGUGGGCUGUAUUUCUCCUCGGCGCUUGCCAAGUGAGUUCAGGCUAUCUCAAAGCAUACCUCUCUGUGUCAGGAGCCACAGCAUCUCCACAGCCGUGGGCAAUGUCACUCUACCUCGGCAUUGGCGCUAAUGGCCAAACAUUCUUCAUCACCGCCGUACUUGUCUCCCUCGUAAAGCGGUUCCCCAUGUCGCGUGGGAUGGUGAUUGGAGUCAUGAAGGGUCUCGUCGGGUUAAGCGCCGCUGUGUUGUCACAGUUUGCAAAGGCAAUUUACCCGCAACACUCCACCUCGGACUCCUCCAAGAUUAUCUUGUUUCUAGCUUGGUUUCCGGCGUCGAUCGUUGCGCUCUCCUACGUUUUCUUUUCGUUCCAGCCAACAGAGGAACGAGAUAAGGAUGGCAACUAUAUUGAUCCAGAAUGUGAGGAAGAUGAGCCGCUGUUCUUAUCAGUUAUUGCAGGUUCCAUGAUAUCUCUUGCUGCAUUCUUGCUGACCAUCAUCAUGCUGCAAAAUACAGUGCGGCCGUUUCCACAGUUGCUCAGCCUUGGCGUUUGCUUUGUGAUGCUUACACUCCUCCUAUUUCCGCUCGGAGUCGUCUAUAUCUCAAGGAUCAACACCAGCAGGUCACUAGGUAAUGGCAACACUUUUAAUGCCAUGGCGUCUCUCUUGCCUGCUCCAUAUGCAAACAAACCAUCCACAGUAAGUCCACCUUCGGUGCAUCGAUCGGAUGAUUCCUACGGCACAUUUUCUCGCCACAGUACUCCCAAUCUUGCGCGAGUUGACUCAUUUCAGCGCCAAUUUCCUGCUCGGGGCGAGGACCACACCGUUUGGCAAGCGCUUUGCAACCUCGAUUUUUGGCUUCUGGUGGCCAUAUCCAUGAUUGGACUCGGCACAGGCCUCACCGCAAUCGACAAUGUUGGCCAAGUGGGCUCAUCGCUGGGAUACUCAGAGGCCUCAAUCAAUUCCUUUGUUUCAAUGGUCUCAAUCUGGAAUUUUCUCGGUAGAUUAGGAGCAGGCGCGUUAUCGGAGUUUGCAUUGCACGAGAAAGGCCUUCCCCGAUCCCUGUUUAUCAUGUUGGCGCUUAUGGUUCUCGCGCUUGGUCACACAAUCUUAGCUGUCUCUUUCCCCGGUGCCUUGUACUUAGGCAUAGUGCUAAUUGGCUCGAGCUUCGGUGCUCAUUGGUCAUUGAUCCCCACCGCAACUUCGGAGCUCUUCGGGCUCAAACAUUUCGGCACACUGCUCAACGCGGUAACAAUGGCGAGCCCCCUGGGGUCGUACGUCAUGUCUGUCCACGUCGCUGGGUUCUUCUAUGAUGCAGAAUCACAGAAGCAACACCCAUCCAGACAAACCAGCAACUCCCUGAUUCGCAGAUCACUGCAAUUGCUGCGGCCGAUGAGAAGUCUAAUCGCUGACAAAGUCUCUCUACAGAACCAAAGUAACAUGUCCUGCACCGGCGCUGUAUGUUUUCGCCUGACGUUCUUCAUCAUGGCCGGGGCGUGUGGUCUGGGCUGCAUCUUGAGCGCGAUCCUAGUAGCAAGGACAAGGAAGUUUUACACGGAGGUUGUGUAUGAAACCUGCCAGUUGAGGAGGGCCUGCAGCGUGAGUAGGAGUCGUCAUAACGACACGGAACAGCCAUCCGACUCAACCGAGUCCGUUCCAUUCGCAUCAAACGUUACAACUUAGACUUAGCAUCCUUUUUCGCACUGCAACUCUUUUCCUGUUUUUGUCUUUUUGUUUACAGCAGAGGAAGUGGUACCUUCCAGAAUUCAACUGUCGGCUCCGAGUACAGCGAAACUUGAGAGGAUACAGUUAACGCUCACUUUUUCCAUAACUCGAAUCUUCCACACGCGCUGGUUGACGUCAAAUGGUGCAACUAGGGACCGAAGUGUUCGAUGCUUGCUUGGUUCGAUGGCAAAGCCGAUGCAGCGAUGCGCAGAAACAACCUCUUGGGGUGAUUGGGCGAGACCUGAACAAGAGUUUUGAGCACUCGGGGAGCGCGAAAUUGACUGGAGGUGAUCGUUGCGUAGAUGAUCACCUGCGACCGCGCCUUCGACAUGGACUGAGAAUCCGAAGCUUUUGUGAUUUCGUCGCAGAAUGAAUUGCUCCAGGUGCUCGUGCGGCGGCGGCAGCGGCCCAUCGUCGGUUGAACAAGCCAUGGCGAGAGUAUCUGUCGGUAGAGUCCAAAAAAAUCAACAUGACAUGUGCCUGCGGCACGAACGUGCCUCGUUUUGUCCGUCACGAUGGCUUCGACGAUGUGGAUAAAAUGUAGAUAUUGGUGGUAUCGAUCGUGAGGGCUACCAUGGUUUUGUUAUCUUGCUACGUGAAAUUUCAAUCAAAUUAAAAAUUAAUUGAAAAGGAUUUAUUUCGUUAAAAAACAUAGAACAUUCAGGUUGGAAAAAUUUGGAAUAACUAAAUCCAACUUUAAAGUGUCAUUAUUUAUUUAUGAAUUUUAUGUUGAUAAAUCUAUUUUAUUUUUAGUUUUA